AUGCCGACUAGGCACCCUUUUGCGAUGGACACCACUUCUGCGAGCAACCUCAACAUGACAACUCCCAAGCCUACCUUGAAAUGGUCGAAGCAGUUCUCGGUAACGACGAGCGAUCGUGUUGCACUUCCUGGGGACAAGAUCUUGCUUCCGCCUUCAGCGUUGGAGGAUUUGUUGGAGGCGACUUCGGCCGUGGCAGCUCAUGCAAAGCAGCGAGAUCUGCCAGCAUACGACCCAUACAACUCGUCGACUUGGUCGGCACAUAGGCGAGCGGAAGCAGAGUUCCAGGAUCAAUGGCAGCAGUUGCUCUACCCUCUGACAUUUCGGCUCGUCAAUGGCGAGAACGAGCGAGUGGUGUAUGCUGGUAUUCGGGAGUUCUCGGCCGAGGAGGGCCAAGUUGUGCUCAGCCCGUUCUUGUGGGAGAGCUUAGGACUGAAAGCCCACGAGGCUAACCGCGAGGAUGCCAUGGAAGUAGAUGGAAAGAGUCUGUCAUCAACCAUCACCAUCCAUGCCAAGAUUCUGCCCAAGGGCACAUUUGCGAAGCUCAGGCCAAUGGAAGCUGGCUACGAUCCGGAGGACUGGAAAGCAUUACUCGAGCAGUAUUUGCGACAGAACUACACCACCCUUACGAAUGGCGAGGUGUUGAUCGUACCUGGUCCAAGAGGUGCAGGAGGCAAGAAGGAGGAGUUCCGCUUUUUGGUUGAUGGCUUCAAGCCUGACGUGGAUGGCAUUUGCAUUGUGGACACAGACCUCGAAGUCGAUAUCGAGGCCUUGAACGAGGAGCAAGCACGUGAGACACUCAAGAGGGUCGCAGCAAAGUUGACACGACUGCCUGGAUCCGAGCAGGGAACUUCGCCUGGUGGUGAGCUGGACCUAUUCAAGGAGCAGACAGGGCAAGUGCUACCGGGAGAAUAUGUCGACUACCAGCUACCUUCUUGGAUUAAGUCGCAGGCUCUCGACUUGGAACUUCACGUGGACGACGAGGAUGUCGAUCUCGAUCUGCUAGUCAGUCCAUUCUCGGCAACUCAGCGCGUAAAGCCACGACUCGAUGAACAUGUCUUUGCUGAUCUGGAGGGCCGUCCGCGGAAGCGUAUUCGUAUAGAGCCGACGAAUGCAGAGCUGGAAAAGGCGGAGGCACUGUUCAUCUCGGUACAUGCUUGCGAUAUCACCGAACACCCGACGAAUGACACAUCUGCUGGUAGCAAUGCACGCCCGAGACACUAUACCCUACGAGCACGACAUACUGAUGACAAGAGCGACUCGAGCCAGCUGAAGCUCAACGAUGAUGACGUUGCACCAAAUGAAGGAGACGUGCGGUGCAAGAACUGCCUACAAUGGGUCCCAGGCCGUGCACUAAUGCUACACGAAAACUUCUGUCUUCGCAACAACAUCGCCUGCCCUAAAGGAUGUGGUCAAGUCUUCCAAAAACGCUCUCCGGCUUACGAAGCCCACUGGCAUUGCCUCCACGACGUGGCCUACGGCAGCACCCCAGCCACGAAAGUCAAACACGACUCUAUCUUUCACCCAGACAAUGUCCUUCGCUGCCAGGACUGUAAUACUAAAGAGACCUUUCCCAACAUAAUCGGCCUCUCUCACCAUCGCACAACAACAUGUCCAUCGAAGCUAAUCCUCUGCCGUUUCUGUCACCUCGAAGUUCCACAAGAAGGCGACCCAGACCAACCAUCAGCAGAAGUCAUGCUCUCUGGCCUUACCGCCCAUGAACUAGCCGACGGCGCAAGAACGACCGAAUGCCACCUCUGCUCUCGCAUUGUCCGACUGAGGGAUAUGGAAGUCCACCUCCGGACCCACGACCUCGAUCGCCUGAACAGACUUGCUCCGCAACCAUGCCGCAACAUCCUUUGCGGCCGCACACGGGACAGAUGUGGGAAGAACGGUGAUACGCGAGCAGGAACCAAACAAGGCCAGGGUAGUGGGAACGACAUCGGGCUGUGUAGUACUUGUUUCGGACCCCUGUAUGUCAGUAUGUACGAUCCCGAAGGCAAGGCUCUGCGACGGAGAAUUGAAAGGCGAUAUCUGCAACAAUUGGCUGUGACAAAUGGCUGUGGGAAGGCGCACUGUAAGAACGAAUACUGCAAAGCCGGACGCAAGAAUAUGGGCAUCGCAGGCACGAUCAUCAUGAAAGACGGUAUGACGAUGGUGAAACCUUUCAUCGAGGGUCUUGAGAAGCCGCUAGGGGAAGAGAAUACGCCAUUGCAUUUCUGCGUGGAUCAGAGGAGUCAGACUUCGAGGCAGAUGGCUGAGAUGCUUGCUGCUGAAGAUGGUGGGUUCACAGGAAAGACAUAUGAGUUUGAGUGGUGUGUUGGUGCUCUUGAGGCGGAGGAGGGUGAUUUGGAGAGGGCGAGGACGUGGUUGAAGAAUUGGGCACCCACGAAGCUUGAGCAGGUUAGACGGUAG